AUGGCGGAGGAGGCGAUGGAGAGCUACCUGUACGCCGCUUACCACCCCUACUCCUACCGCUACCCGCCGCCCAAGGGCAAGGGGGGCGCGGCGGGCGGCUGGCGGCCGCGGGGCAGCGGCUACUUCUCGGGCUACGGGGAGGCGGCGGCGGCCGCCGAGUACUUCGACAACUACCAGCGGGCCCAGCUGAAGGCCAUCCUCUCCCAGGUCAACCCCAACCUGACGCCGCGGCUCCGCAAGGCCAACACCAAGGAGGUGGGCGUCCAGGUGAACCCGCGGCAGGAUGCCUCGGUGCAGUGCUCCCUCGGGCCCCGCACGCUGCUCCGCCGCCGCCCCGGACCCUCCGCUCCCGCCGCCGGGCCGCGGCCCCGGGAGGCGGAGCGGGAGCGGGAGCAGGAGCAGGAGCAGGGCAGCCCCGCCACCACCAGCACCCGCGCCGUCCGCUUCCCCCGCACCAUCGCCGUCUACUCGCCCAUGGCGUCCCGCAGACUCACCGCUUUCCUGGAGGAACCGGAGCCGGAGCGGCGGCCGCAAGAGGAGGCGGAGGAGAAGGAGGAGGCGGCGGCGAAGGAGGAGGUGGAGGAGGCGGCGGCGGCCGUCGAAGAGGAGCCGGCCGCGGUGCGGGAGCAGCGGGAGGCGGAGGCGGCCGCCGUGCGGGCCAGCUGGGAGAAACCCGCCGAGAGCGGGGCCGAGCCGCUGGGGCAGCGCCCGGCCGAGCCGCGGGGGCAGCGUCCCCCCGCCACCCCGGAGCCGCCGGAGGGGAGCCGGGAGCCGCCGGAGGAGGCGCGGGCAGAGCCGCCGGCCGACCCCCAGAAGCGGGAGCCGGCGGCGGGCAAGACCCGCCUGCGCUUCCAGUUCCUGGAGCAGAAGUACGGGUACUACCACUGCAAGGACUGCAACAUCCGCUGGGAGAGCGCCUACGUCUGGUGCGUCCAGGGCACCAACAAGGUCUAUUUUCGGCAGUUCUGCCGGACCUGCCAGAAGUCCUACAACCCGUACCGCGUGGAGGACAUCACCUGCCAGAGCUGCAAGCAGACGAGGUGCACCUGCCCCGUGAAGAUGCGCCACGUGGAUCCCAAGCGGCCCCACCGCCAGGACCUCUGCGGGAGGUGCAAAGGGAAGCGCCUCUCCUGCGAUAGCACGUUCAGUUUCAAAUACAUCAUCUGA